CACCGACCUGGGUGCCAUGCCGCUUUUGUUAUUUACAAGUCCGCGGGGUUUGGCUUGCUCUUCAAUUCUGAGCCUUCCAUCCUGGCUCAGCUUCCCUUUUUUAGGCCUUCUAUACGGAGUACGAAAAACCUUUUGAAAUCGGCUGUAUGUCUGCAAGCUUUUGAGAUAACGACGCAAGAGAGCUGUUGGAAAAAUACAGGGAUAAAAACCAAUUCAAAGUUUUUUUAUGCAGCGAAUGUCUUGCCACAUUGACCGGCCUGGUCCUGAACUCCCGCGCAAUAUGGAAAAUCCUUUGCCAUACGCUGCGGGGGGAAGUUUGCAAGUCAUAUACAGAAGAGCACGAACCAGAGCGCGAAACCAUGUGCUUGCACUAUUUCGGAUCGUACAGCAGCAAGAAUAUUGCGGCCAAGCGGUAGAUGCUCCGGGAUCGGGGAAAACGGUCAAUCCAUCGUCGCCAACAAGUAUAACACGACAAAAAUGUGUCCUUACUGUGUGCAUCAUAAUUGAACAUAUCAUCGCUAUCGCCGAAACCGUAAGCUUGGGCGCGCAUCAAAGUUGGUCGUUCACUGCCGAAAUCUCGCAUUGCCCGGCAAGGCCAUUGAUUCUACGACAGGGAGUCGUCUUACAAACGAUAGUGUCGACACUCUUCAACAAGGCCUUUUCGUUUACAGUCACCGUUGAUGGACAGGCGUUGCCAGAAUACCGACGGUCCAAUCAAAACACGAGAUAUAAACUCACAACAACAAUCUCAAAAUACGCUUCGGACCGAGUAUGGUCAUUGAGUGUCACCGGCCGACACGGAUAAAGCAACUUCUUUUUUCUAUCUCCGUUGCGUGUAUAAUAGACCGGUCGGUUUGGAAUUCCUAAUUUUUUUUCGUUUUAGCACGGUUUUCUUUCUUUAGAUUUUCAUGAGUA